CGAUUCAUUUUAAAAACGCGUUUGCAAAAAGUCCUCAGAGGAAAUUUGCCUCCUUCGGGUUGCCGUAGAAACUGUAGGAUCUGUUUGAGUGGGAAUGUUGAAAAGCUCCAGAAAAUUAGUGAAGGUAAAAUAAACGUCAUUAAAUGUUUAAUGUCAUAUUUAAAAUAAUCUGUUUUUUGGACCGGAUAAUUAUUGUGUAGUCACGACAGUCAGGAUUAGACGCUGAGUGUUGUGGUGGAAGAGAAAGCUUGCUAAAUGCUAACGCGGUGCUCAGGCGGGAGGGAGAGUUUACACAGACCUGAAUCUGCAGAAACACACACUGUGGCGCUGCCGCUGAUGUUACCUGGCUCUCUGUCCCUCAUGUCAGGACAGGUUUUUGCCGCCAGUGAGAAUGAAGAAAGCGAUUUCUCUCUGAUUACAGAUGAGCUCUCCCUGUAUACCACUCCACACCCCCGAGGGUGCUCCGUCAAGCGGGAAGUUGGCCAUGUGGAGCAAAGUGUAGCAUCUCUAAGGAAAUCAGCAGAGCCGUAUGCAGCAUGGUGUCAGGAAAAGACAUCAUACAUCCUGGAUAAAAUGGAGGAAUAUUACAAGACCAUGGAGCCUGGUAUUAAUACAUCUGUACAGACUGGGAGAGACACUUAUGAGUUUCUGAUGAAUCCCCCGGCCAAGUUUUAUCCUAGUGUCGGGGCUGUGGGGUUUUCUGCAAUCCUUGGACUUUACCUUGCCAAAGGUGGCAGAGUAAAACGACUUCUUUUCCCCACUGCACUGAUGAGUGUGAGCGCCUCCGUGUUCUACCCGCAGCAUGCUGCCUCUCUGGUCAAGGAGGCCAAAGAGCAGAUAUCUAGUUUGGCUUCACAGACACGUGUACUUUUAGAUGAUGUGUGGAAAGGAAAAUCACCUGGCAAAGAGAAAUGAAGAGUCAGAGAGCAAAGACAUAUGUAUGAAGGAGUUUCAUCUGCAGCUUAAAGAGACGUGAAGCUGUUUAAUUUAUUCCAUUUAAUUUAUUUUACCCUGUUUACACCUGAUCCAUGUGAUCAACCAGGACGUGUUUCUUAUACUGUGACGUUUGAUGAAACUCAUUUCAAUUGAAAUGUCUGCAAGGUGAAUAAUUCUCAUUAAUCACUACAGAUCUCGGGGCACUUAACUACAAAAAGUUUCAUGAAUUCAGUUAAAAGUGUUUCAGUUUUUAUUGUUAAAAUUGAGUUUUUGUACACUAUAUUAAUAGAUUGCUAUUUAUUUAAUAUGUAUGAUGUGUUCAUCAAAACCUUUUAAAACGCGAUUGUACUUCAUUGACUGUAUAUCCUUAUAAGUUAAGCCUUUAUUUAUUUAUCUUUUAUAAUUUCCUGCGAUUGUUGCUUCAUUGGCUUUUCUGUGGGAUUAAAAGGGUCUGUCUGUCUUUUGGCCCGCGUGAGCCUGGAUGAGCCUUGGAUUCCCCUGAUCCGGUCACCUGUCGUGCAUAUAGUUUGAUCAAUGUUGUUUAAUUCACUAGUCAGUGGUUAUAAUGUUAUGGCUGAUCUGUGUACACUCAUGUUCAAAAGAUUUCGUGUAAAAACUUAAUAAAAAUCAUCUCAUCACAGCGGUCUCAGUAUUAACAAAUACAACCUCAGACAAAUAGCAACAUAUAACUUUUUACCAUUGUUAAUUUAAUUAAAAUGAAGCUAAAA